GACAGAGAGAUAGACAGACAGACGUGUGUGCAUGUGUCAAGAAAACUCGGCGCGUGGAUGGGGCUGGCCACACGCUAUGUUUUGGAAUGUGCUCCUUUCCUUCAAAAAUGUGCUUUAGGGAUGCACCUCCCUUUCUUCCUUCUCUCCUCCCUCCUUCCCUUCCUUUUUUCCUUCCUUUCUUCCAUCCUUUGCGGCCGGCUUCCCAUUCGGUGGUUCCAACCUGAUCUGCGUCACGUGUCUUGUUCCUGUGUGAAACUGACCUCGGGAACAUUCUCUCUCAUAGGGUUGUUGUAGUUUUUUCAGGCUAUAUGGCCAUGUUCUGGAAGCAUUCCCUCCUGACUUUUUGCCUGCAUUUAUGGCAAGCAUCCUCAGAGGUUGUGAGCCCGAAAAACCUACAGCAACCCAGUGAUUCCAGCCAUGAAAGCCUCCAACAAUACAUUCUCUCUAAUCAUUUAUAAUCAUUCACAAUUGUUUGUUGUUUAUUCGUUCACUCGCUUCCGACUCUUUGUGACCUCCUGGACCCGCCCAGGCCAGAGCUGCCUCUCCUUCCUCAUUACUCUCGCUAAUAAUAAGAGCCAGAAGCAUCCUCUGGUCCCCCAACACAAAGAGCCGCAGCGUCGGACCCCCGACCCCUUGCAGGGCAGGCUAAGAAAGCCCUCUCCGCUUGGAUUGAAACCAGUGGCCUUUGUCUUAUAUGUUUGUUUGUUAUUUACCAUAUUUAUACCCCGCCCUUCUCACCCCGAAGGGGACGCAGAGCGGCUUUACACAUAGGAAACAAUUCGAUGCCUUAGAAACAUCAUAUAAUUAAAAUAAACAUUUACACAAAACCAAAGAAUUGAAACAUCUAAACAUUACAUCAGUUAUUUAAAAACUCUGAGGUUGUAGUCCUCGCUGAGGCCUUGCAUAGGCAGGUGGGUUAAGUGGCAGGGGAAAGCCCCUCCUUCCCCCAUUGGCCUCUCUGUUUACCUGCCUGCUUUCCUUUCUCUCCUAUAUUUUCCAUGUUAGAGGGAUGCAUCCCAGCAACACAACUCUUUUUCUGAGCACACAGCCAGCCCCUGAAUCCUCCACCUUCCUCUCCUGUGAGCAUGGAGAGAGACAAGAUGUCUGCGGUUACUUAGGUGGCCAGGUUCUGUCAACUUUCCUGUCUAGUUAUGUAGCUCUUUGAAUCAAGUCUAGUGUUACUUUUCAAAGACUGACUCUGCUCCCUGAAUUGCAGAAGCACCAGAAACUCCUGAUCUGCUGAACGGUGGUUGUUGCCGCUUUGCCCUUGUUGACUGCUUUUUCCUUUUUUGGAAAUGUCCCCAGACUCAUAACCCGGAUCCUUCCCUCGGCAGAGAAGGCCGUCCUGCGGAAAGGAGAGAGGCUCCAGGGCAGCGGGAAUGGCGGAGCCUCUGCAGAAGAAGCUCCGGCCCGAAGUGGAGAAGGACCAGCAGCUGCAGGAAGGUAACUUCGGAACAAGUUCUGCGAAGAACGCCUUGUGAGAGCUUUGCCCGAGGAGUGCUGUCAGUCCAAAUUGACCUCAAGAUACACAACAAUGACAAGAAAAAAUAAGUACUAGAAAAAUAUAUUUGAGGCUACUUACCUGUGCUGUUAAGGCGGGAAAUAAGAUUUUGCUGUAAAAAGAGAGGCUUGGGAAAGCAAGCAGAAGGCUACAGCAAGACAAAAACUGUUGUGUUCAGGAGGUUAUAUCUGUGAACCCCUGGCAUCAUAUUUGAAUUAUAAAUGUAAAAGAAUGGCAAGCACUCUACCUCCCUAUCCUAGAUCAGACACAGGGGAGAAGUUACAUCAGUGUAUGGAGUGUGGAAAACAAUUUGAUUGGAAAAGUAAUCUUACUGUACAUGAACGGACCCACACAGGGGAGAAGCCAUAUAAAUGCAUGGAAUGUAGAAAGAGCUUCAGUCAGAGUUGCACUCUACGGUCCCAUCAAAGGAUCCACACAGGGGAGAAGCCAUAUAAAUGUAUGGAAUGUGGAGAAAGUUUCAGUCGCAGUAGCACUCUACGUUCCCAUCAAAGGAUCCACACAGGAGAGAAGCCAUAUAAAUGUAUGGAAUGUGGAAAGAGCUUCAGUCACAGUGGCAAUCUACGUUCCCAUCAAAGGAAGCACACAGGGGAGAAGCCACAUAAAUGCAUGGAAUGUGGAGAAAGCUUCAGUCAGAGUGGCAAUCUACGUUCCCAAAGGAAGCACACAGGGGAGAAGCCAUAUAAAUGCUUGGAAUGUGGAAAGAGCUUCAGUCACAGUGGCACUCUACGUUCCCAUCAAAGGAAGCACACAGGGGAGAAGCCAUAUAAAUGUGUGGAAUGUGGAAAGAGCUUCAGUCACAGUGGCCAUCUACGGUCCCAUCAAAGGAUCCACACAGGGGAGAAGCCACAUAAAUGCGUGGAAUGUGGAGAAAGCUUCAGUCGGAGUGGACAUCUGCGUACCCAUCAAAGGAAGCACACAGGGGAGAAGCCAUAUAAAUGUGUGGAAUGUGGAAAGAGCUUCAGUCACAGUGGCCAUCUAUGGUCCCAUCAAAGGAUCCACACAGGGGAGAAGCCACAUAAAUGCGUGGAAUGUGGAGAAAGCUUCAGUCUGAGUGGCACUCUAAGACAUCAAAGGAGUCAUACAGGGGAGAAGCCAUAUAAAUGUAUGGAAUGUGGAAAGAGCUUCAGUGACAGUGGCACUCUACGGUCCCAUCAACGGAUCCACACAGGGGAGAAGCCAUAUAAAUGUAUGGAAUGUGGAAAGAGCUUCAGUUGCAGUGGCACUCUACGGUCCCAUCAAAGGAUCCACACAGGGGAGAAGCCAUAUAAAUGUAUGGAAUGUGGAAAGAGCUUCAGUCACAGUUGCACUCUACGGUCCCAUCAAAGGAUCCACACAGGGGAGAAGCCAUAUAAAUGCAUGGAAUGUGGAGAAAGCUUUAGUCGCAGUGGCACUCUGCGUGUCCAUCAAAGGAUCCACACAGGGGAGAAGCCAUAUAAAUGUAUGGAAUGUGGAAAGAGCUUCAGUCGGAGUGGCAAUCUUCGUUCCCACCAAAUGACUCACCCAGUACAGAAGCCAUAGAAGUGCAUAGAAUGUGGAGAAUGUUUCAGUCAGAGUAACUGUCUCGAUUCCUUCCAAAUCUAUCUACAUUGCUUUCAAAGGAGCCACAUAAUAGAGAAGCCAUAUAAAUGCACGGAAUGUGGGAAGAGCUUUAGAGAACGUUCAGCAUACAAUAAACAUCACAGAACUCAUGCGCCGCUAGAGGAGACCUGCCUUUCAGUUUCUGAGCUCUCUUUCAAAAAAUAUUGGAAGGAAAGAGGAAGGCCGGCACCUGGCUCUCUCUCUCUCUCUCUCUCUCUCUCUCUCUCUCUCCCAUGGACUAGUUUGUGUGGCCUUGGUCGACGGCUACUGGGAGCAGGUCUCACUCAGAAGGGGAUUUUUCUCCGUAUUGCAGCAAGCUCCGAAGGGGUUCCCCUCGCCUCCUCCAUAAGAAACCCAUCACAGGCUUCUAGGGUGAUCUGUGGAGGUUUGCUGAAAGGAGCAGCAGCUGAGAUCUCUGGAGAAAAAGGUUCUGAAAAAGAAGAGCUCUUUGGUAGCAGAGAAGGUCAUCUCUUCAUACCCUCGUCUUACAUCUUGGCUCUGUUGCCCCUCGGUUAGAAUUUUGGCCUCUAGCCAUGUACCUGUCACCCCUUUCAACCCUUUGUUGUAUCCUGAAUAGAUGAUUAUAAAUUCUGGACUGACUUCUGGUUUCAUUUAUGAACCAGGACUUGUUUGUAUCCCUGACUUUCUGGCUUGACUUUGGGACUCUGAGUUCGGUUUGUACUCUUGAUUUCCCGCUUGUUAUUUCAUCAGCUCUGUUGAAUGAACUCCUGGCAUGUGACUCUGGGACUGUAACCUUUCUUCUUGCUCCUGACCGGGAUCUGCAGUGCUCUACAAUUGGACUCCUGACCUUAAUUAACUUGUCUUCAUGGUUACUCCGACUGUGUUGCUGCAAUUGUAUUAUUUUAGCAGGACUGGUGCAAUGAGUUAAACCCUUGUGCUGGCUGAACUGCUGACUUGAAGUUUGGUGGUUUGAAUCCUUGAGACAGUGAGAGCUCCCAUCUGUCAGCCCUAGCUUCCCCGUGCGGUGACACGAGAGAAGCCUCCCAGCAGGAUGGGAACACAUUUGGGCAUUCCCUGGGCAAUGUCUUUGUAGACAUCCAAUUCUCUCACACCAGAAGCGACUUGCAGUAUGUUCUCUAUUUGUUUCUGACACUGUAAAAAAGCUGGACUGAAGACUUGUGAGUAAAUAUGGUCUGGGCUUAUCUUGUGUUUGUUUAAUAAACCUCAGGCUUUAUACCGGGAGAGCUCUGAAACACGAGACCAUGAGUCUUGCUUUGUGUGUACUUAUCGCUGCUUAGAGUGAACCCCUUUUCUGUAUUUGAGGCUGUUUAAUGAUUUUAAACCCAAAAGUAAUUUUUCCCCACACACGGAUAAUAUAACCAUCAGGGCAUUUGAAAAGGUGGUUGAAAGAGACAUAGACAGAUUGUCCCGGACCAAAAUUUACACCCAUUCCAACAUGACAUCCAUAGAAAGGAAUACCAUGAAAAGAUUGGCCAACAUGAAAGGAUACAUCUGGAAGAAGGCAGAUAAAGGAGGAGCAAUAGUUCCAUUAAGCGAAAUGGAUUACGUAAAAGAGGUAGAGAGACACCCAGGAGACACUUCUUUCUCUAAACCUAUCCCUAAGGAUCCUACAGACAAAAUAUAUUUUUAAAUCUGAACAGUAUGUACAGAAGGACUCACUUUAGGAUGCAUCUCAGAUCAGCAAUUUGAAUUUCUGCAAAACAAGAAUCCCAGAAUUCCAGUGUUCUAUGUUCCACCUAAAAUACACCAAGGAAACAUGCCUCCCCCAGGGAGACCAAUUGUAUCCGACUCUUCCUCCAUCCUGGAAUCCCUAGAGCAGUUUUUGGGUUAUUAUUUACAACCAUUUGUACCCCUCGUGUAGUCUUAUAUUAAAGAUACUAAACAUUUCAUAAAGAUCAUAGAGGACCUUACCAUAUCACCACAAUCCAUCUUAAUGAUUCUAGAUAUAACAUUAUUAUAUACCAACAUACCAUUAGAUCAAACUAGAACAAGAAUUACUAAACAUACGUGAGCCCCAAACACCAGCUUCUCAUAUUUUAAUGGAUUUGUUAGACAUUGUCCUGGAAUAUAAUUUUUUCAGAUUUAAAACCCAAUACUAUCUACAGAUUUUUGGUGUCGCAAUGGGAAGUCCUUUGGCCGCUUCAGUGGGAAAUCUUUUUAUUUCAAAUUUGGAAGAAACCCACAUCCUAAAUAACACAAAACCAAUUUUUUACCAGAUAUUCUAUACGAUGGCAGGUUUAUCGAUAUUUUUUUAAUUUGAAAAUCAAAAGAAUCUGCAAUCUUCUUUAGUACUUGGCUUAACACAAUACAUGAUAACAUCAAAUUCACUGCUAACCAUAGCCAUACAAAUAUAAACUUUCUAGAUGUCAUGGUAUAUAAGAAAGGCAAUAAGAAAACCCACGGAUAAAAUUCCAUCAUGCAUUGCAACACCUGCCACCAUAAUGCUGCAAGUUGCUUCUGGAUGCUUCUGGAAUGAGAGAAUCAGCCGUCUACGAAGACAUUGCCCAGGGGACACCCAAAUGUCUUGCAAUCCUGUGGGGAGCCUUCUCUCAUGUUCCUCCAAGUGGCCAGCUAGUGAUCAAAGGACAUUUAAUAGAAUGCCAAGUUUGCAAACGUUGUGCUUUGUUCGUUUUUUCUUUGCUUGAUUGUUUUUUUUUUAUGCAACACAACUGUUUGGUUCACUAAAUAAGAGAUAAAUAAACGAUAAAUAAAUGUCACCAUCAUAGUUUAAACACCAGCUUACCCUAUGCCACACUUAUGAGAUUACAACGAAAACACCACUGCCCCCGAGGAGGUCACACCAGAGGUCAUUACUUUUGAGAAACAAUUCAAAGAAAAAGGGCACCCCACAAGUAUCAUCAAUACUGCUAUUAGAAAAGUUAAGUCCACAGAUAGAAAUGAUUUACUAAGCGAUAUGGCGGGGAAAUCUAAUGACUGUAUUAUAUGGCCACUUAGGUUAACCACAUAUUUUCCACACAUCAGGAAAAUAAUUAGAAAGCACUGACACUUGGUCAGUGACACUCCAGAAUGCAAGAAUGUUCCAAUGAUAGCCAACAAACGAACCCAGAAUCUUAGGGAUAUGAUGAUCAGAUCUGACUUCACAACCCCCUAUACUAUCAGCAAAUCUAAUCUUAGGGGCCACACGAGUUGCGGGCAUUGUGCAUAUUGCAUUCAAUCUCUUAAAGUAAAACAGUUCUCACACCACACAAUGCAACUCAACAUACAACUUUGCAGUUUCACCAACUGCAAUACAGAGAAAGUGAUGUAUGUCAUACAAGGUCCAUGUUCACUGCUAUAUGUAGGCAUGACCUCCAGACCUUUAAAAAUUAGAAUUCUUGAACAUAAAUCCCACAUUAGAAAUAACCCAUUGACUCUACUCUUUAUUCCCAUUUCAGUGAGAAAUCCCACACACACAUACACACACACACUAGCUUCAGAUUUUGUGCUUUUUAAAAAAGGUAACCACACAACCCCAUCAAGACUUUAAAAGAAUUUCCUUCAGAGAGAGGCCUUUUGGAUAUGCAGGUUAUAUACCAUUUCCAUUCUGUAAUUGACCUGUAUCUCUCUAAGGGGAGACUUCUCCGUGGAUUUUUGCUCGCACUUGAAAAUGUUUAUUAUGGAUGUUUUUCUUGAUUGAAUAACUGAUGCUUUUAUAGAUUUUGCCCAUGGUACUGAUACAAUAAUACUCUGACUGUAUAAGAUAUCUGUGUUAUAAUUAGUUUAGUUAUUGAACAGCUUAACACUUCUACAUUGAUACAUAGAUACAUCUGUUGCUUUCUAUUUUAUACUGUUUAAUCCCCACCUUUGGCAAAGGGUCCAUUGGGAUGCACAGCACAUCUCCCUAACUGCAGAGAAUGGAAGGCAAAGAAUGAUGACAACGGCUUAUGAAGAUUCAUGAAUUAGUCGAGAAGGACAAAUUAACUAAAUGGAUGAAGUAUAGAACAGCAUUUAAAGGAACAGAGAUAAAAAUCAUAUAGUGAGUGAGAGGUUUGUAGACUAGUGUUUGUUGUCUGUUAGUUUUGCUCUUAUUGUGCAAGGUGUGUGUCCUUCACUUUACAUUUGUUAAGUAGUACUUUUUUUUUUAAAGUACCAAAAUUAUAAUUUGUGUAAAAAAAAUUAAAUACCAAAAUUGUAAUUUGUGUAAA